CGUCAGAGGCGCAGCUGUCUGCGUCAGGAGCGCCUCUUAGGAGCGCAGUCAGCUCCGUAAAGGUUGUCCUAAUACACUUCCUGACCUUUCAGGGGCUUUAAGUGAAAACAGGCAGUCAACUUUAGAUCCUCACCUUUGGGGGUCUCUUUGCAAAAUAAGGCAACUUUUUUUUUAAAAAGGUCAGCAUGUCACCACACCUGAGCGCUUUGGCAACCCGCGUGGGCUGCGUGGAGGGCUGAGAGCGCCAACAGACUCAUUGGGCUCACUUUUGGAGAGCUUUAAAAAGUAUAUUUCUAUUUAUUAUUUACUGAAUCUGUGCCUGAUGGAGUCCGAAGCCAUCCCAGGACAGAACCCGGUGGAGCUUGAGUUUACACAGGACAACAUAGAGACGGCUCUCUACCAGCUGUACUUGGAUCCAGACAUGGAGCACAAGAAUGUAGCUCAGAAGUGGUUGACCAGAGCCCAGGCCUCUGCACAGGCAUGGCAGUUCUGCUGGGCCCUGCUCGCCCCAGAUAAGAUCCCGGAGGUUCAGUUUUUUGGUGCCAGCACCCUUCACAUUAAGAUCUCCCGUCACUGGGGGGACCUCCCUGAAGAACAGCAUGAGGACCUCAGGAUACAGCUUCUUUCUCAUAUCUUACACUUCUCCUCUGGCCCUAAAAUGGUGCUGACUCGUUUGUGUGUGGCGCUUGCCUCAAUGGCUCUGAACUUAAUCCCUCAAGCCUGGUCCAAGCCAGUGGCAGACUUGGUGAGGGCAUUCCAACCUCAGAAACCAAAUUCGGAAGAAAGCCCUGGUGCAAAACCAUCUCCGGACCCCCAUGCACAUUGUCUUGCUCUCCUGGAGCUCCUCACUGUACUUCCAGAGGAGUUCCAAAGUGGGCGCCUGGCCCAAGCUCGUCGCGCCCAGCUGAGGGAAGCUUUAGCCGGGGAGUGGGCUGUGGUGUGCGGCAUGCUCCGACAACUCCUACAAAGCCAGGACUCGUCUGUUCAGGUGAAGGAGAAAGUUCUCCGCUGCUUUUCUAGCUGGGUGGGUCUGGAUGUGCCACUAGGGGAAAGUCAGGAACUGGUCCAGGACUGUUUCACAGUGCUGUCUGACCCAGGGCUGUUCGACACUGCCGUGGAGACUAUAGUUACUGCCAUCUCACAGCCGGAUUGCCAGAGGUUCAUUGAUGCUCUGCUGAGCCUGAUGCCUCUGGUUCUGGGCCUUUAUGACCAGCUGAAGACAGCAGCUCAACACGGGGACAUGGAAACCACCCAUGGUAUCUGUCGCAUUGCUGUUGCUUUGGGGGAAACACACUCCAGGGUUAUGUUGGAACAGCUGGACCACUGGCAGGAAUAUCUGGCUUUGGUGAACAUGAUUCUAUUCUGUACUGGAAUCCCUGGACACUACCCAGUUAAUGAGACCACAAGCUCCCUGACGCUCACCUUCUGGUACACACUGCAGGACGACAUUCUCUCUUUUGAGGAAGAAAAGCAGGCGGUUUACCUGCAGGUCUAUAAGCCAGUUUACUUCCAGCUGGUGGAUGUAUUGUUGCUCAAAUCCCACUAUCCCUCCCAGGAGGAGUACGACUCCUGGUCCUCGGAUGACAAGGAGCAGUUUCGAAUCUACAGGGUGGACAUCUCAGAUACUCUAAUGUAUGUGUAUGAAAUGCUGGGAGCUGAGCUGCUUAGUAACCUCUAUGACAGGCUGGGCAGGCUGCUCAUGGACCCCCAACAGUCCGCAGUAUGGCAGGACACUGAAGCUUUGCUGUUCGGCUUCCAGUCCAUAGCCGAGACCAUCGACGUGAACUACUCCGAUGUUAUCCCUGGACUGAUCGGUCUGAUCCCUAGAAUCAACAUCAGCAACGUGAUGCUGGCUGACACAGUCAUGUACACCAUAGGGUCACUGGCUGAGUGGUUGGCCGACCAUCCUGUGAUGCUGGGCGGCAUAUUACCCAUGGUGCUGCGGGGCCUUGUGAAGGCAGAGCUGUCUGUGUCCAGUAUCUCCACACUCAAAAGGAUCUGCAGGGAGUGCCGGCAGGACCUGGCCCCUUACGCUCAGGACGUUCUUGCUGUCGCUCAGGAUGCACUAUUUAAGGAAAUCCACGAGAGCAGCCAGUGCAUGUGGCUGAUGCAGGCUUUGGGUUUCCUGCUGUCGUCUCUGCCAGCAGAGGAUAUUUUAGGCAGACUGCACUCACUCAUCACCCCCCACAUCCAGCAGCUGGACUCACUGACCCAACAGGAGCCCAGUCCUGCAAAUAAACAGAGCAUUGUUUACAUCCUGGGCAUGUUAUCCAGCCUCUUUACCACCCUGGAUGUCAACAGGCAAUGGGAUGGUUUAGAGGAGGAAGGCGCCAGCACCAGCCUCUCCUCCUCAAAGAGCGUUCAGAACCCAGUCGUAGUUGUGCUGCAGCAACUUUUCCCUUUAAUCCAGACCAUCGUUAGCAAAUGGAUUCAUGACUCAGAAGUAGUGGAGGCAGUGUGCGGGAUCUUCGACAAGUCAAUCCGGACUCUCCUGCAUGAUUUCGGCCCCAUGGUGCCCCAGCUGAGUGAGACGCUGGGACAGAUCUACAACGCUUACCCACAAGCCCCUGCUCUGGACCUGACACGUCAAAUGGUGCAUAUCUUUGCUGGAGACGAGCAACACCUCUCUGACAUCCGAAGACUUGUAGAAGUGCUGACCUCAACCACGCUCUCUAUAUUCCAGCAAGGUCCAAGGGAGCAUCCUGACAUCGCAGAGUCAUUCAUGAACCUUCACGCUCAGAUUCUGAAGAGGAGUCCAGAUUUGCACCAAACAGCCCAAUUCGACGUCAAAACCUUAUUUUACUCAGGGAUCCUGUCCAUCAAGUUCCCAGAGACGCCCACAGUUAAAGCUGCCUGCCUGUUCUUUACAGAGUUUUUGAGUCGCUGCAAAGACAUGCCACCCCUCGUUGAUGUGCUGCAGGGGGAUGGAAAGAUCCUGACAGAGACGGUGCUGCAGGCAGUCGGAGGAGGUUCUUCCCGCAGCCUGACGGAGCACUUCUCUGAGGUUCUGCUCGGUUUGAAUAGACAGUGUCCGGCCCUGCUGUCCCAGUGGCUGAGGGAAACCCUGCAGACCCCUGGCUUCCCUUCACCUCAUGUCACUAUGGAGCAGAAGGACUUGUUCUCUCAGCAGAUCCUGAGAGAACAAACAAACAAACGUCGCAUUAAGGAGACUGUGAAGGAGUUCUCUCUGCUCUGCAGAGGUCUGCAGGGAUCCGGAUACUCUGAGAGCUAGUCGUGGCUGCGGUCGUGUUCCUUCAGCCUCAGAAGCUUUUUAUGAGGGUUAAUAUGAAGCAGCCAACAGAGAAAUCAUGCCCCAUGUGUUCAAUAGGACUGUUCACUCGGGAUGUGAGAGUACUUGACGCCCCCCAUGACUGACACAAACACACAGCAGACUGUUAGACAUGUUGGUCACUGUUGGACAUGUUUUUAAUAAAAUACCUGUCAGAAAGUGUCACAGUGCCAUGAGUGUACAUUUACUGACGAAACACUGAUUAAACCGAUCUAAUGGAGGUGGAUGAGUGACCGACUGGUUUCUUCUUUCCUGCAACAUGCUGCAGAUCAUAAACCUGCAUUAUGAAAAUAUAUAGAAGCCCCGCCCCUUCUUCCUGUCUGGUACAAAGGAGCCUGCUAUAAAAAAAAAAAGGGUCCUUCGUUACAUUAUGCAGCUCAGAACAGAACUAAUGAGACAACUUCAUCACAUCCAGGACAACGAGGAGAACAAGAGCGACUUCAAAAGGAGAACGUGUUCUGAUUUUCGGAUUCUUUUUAAUCGGUGACAUCACUGUGAAGGGCGGAGCUUUGAGCCGCGUCCUUGGCUAAAAACGUCUGGACCAAGAUCGUCUCUGUGGAUCGUGGUGCUCGGAGGAAAGGCUCUACGAGUCUGUGGGUGAUAGCAGCCGGGGUUCGCCCUGCAGCCGACCGUGCGGCGGCUCACUACCGGAUCCUGGUGAAAAGGUUCAACACAGACUUUGAUUCCUGGAUGGAGAAAGAAAAGCAAGAAAUCCGAGUUAAAAAGUAUCAAAUCUUUUUAAGUUAUUAUUCAUUUUGAUGUUGUUUUAUAGAGCUAAGUAUUCACACUGAUGGGGCUUUUUACUUAGAUAACCACAAACAAUGAAUUCACAUUUGGGAUUUUAUGUGAAACACCAAUAAAAAGUAUUAUGGAGUGAA